AUGGACAUCGACCCUCCCCGUCUUUCUCUCUCCCUCUCCCCCGUUCUCCAGCCCACUAAUCCUCAGUCCAACGCUGACCUCGCCCGCCUCCUCGCUCUCUCCUACGCCGACAUCGACGACCUCCGCGCUCAGCUCGCUCUAGCCCGCAAGCGCGCAGACAAGGCUGACCGUCUCGCAAAGCAUCUCGCUCCAACCGACCAGCACGACCUCCGCAUCAAGCAGAUCGUAGAUGACUACGAGCAAAAGCUCGCCCGCGCAGAGGCAGAGCGCGACGACGCAGACGCACGCCGCCGCGAGGCCCUCGAGGGCUGGCGCCAGCUAGACGACCUCCUCUCCACCCUCGAACUCCACACGCGCGACGCCCGCUUCAUCGCGCGGGCGUAUCUCCCCGAUGGCGCUGCAUCGAUGGGCCCACCGGCGGGCGGCGCCGGGAGGCAGCACGCGCGGCACCUGUCUGCGUCUGGGUCUGCGCGGGGCUCUGUGGCGUUUCCGCUUGCUCUUCCGCCCCAUCCGAAUCCUAAUCCGACCUCCACCCACCCCGCGCCAACCGCACCCGCUCGGAGGCCGCGGACUCCCUCCAUGGACAGCGCCUAUCCGCCGUCCAAGCGUUCUCGGGGCCUCGACGAUCAGCGAGGAAGGCCGCCUACCUCCUCCUACUCUGACUCGGUCAGUUUUCUUCAUUUCCCAACCAUCGUUAUCCCCGAUCAUCAGGCUGAUCUUGCUCCUUACUUUUUCUUUCCUGACGUUAGAGUGCGAGGAACUGACGGUGACACCGCAGGGGGGUGCCGUCCCAUCUCCAUGCAGUACGUAGCAUCAGCGGGGCAACAGCAAGAAUACAGCGAUCAGAUCCGCAUGCGCCAGCAGCAGCAGCAAGCCAUGCUGCAACGCCGCGCAGGCGGAGCAUCGAUGCCCGAAGCACGCAUCAUCGACCGGAAAUACGGCCAGCCUCAUGGCGGAUCCACCCCGCACCACCGCGCGGCAUCGCCAGGGGGCGGCGGCGCAGGACACUCGCGCUCAGGCAGCCACUCGAGCUCAAGCUCGAUGGACGUCGACGAGAUGCUCAUCAAGGCCACCACAGGCGACGAGGGCGUUGGGAGCACUAACACCAACGGUAACAGCAACAGCAACAGCAAUGGCAAUGGCACGCCGAACGGCGCUGGGCGCGGGUACCUCGACUCGCCCCACCAUAACCCGCACGCGCACCACCACAGCAACGCGCAUGCGCACGCACAGGGCGGGCUCCGCAGGCGGGACCGCGAAAACGAGGACUCGUCGCCGCGCCCGUAUGCGAAUAGUGGUAAUAGCGGCUAUGCCGGGCCCGGGUACACGUCCUCUGGCCAGCCCCUCCGUGCGAGUGGGACGCUGCAGCAGGCGAGCGCGCAGAAUCAGGCGAAUCAUGUCAAUCAUAUUUUCGCACCUGUUGUGACGGGCGCGCCGACGAAGAAGACGAAAUUCCCGAAUACGCCUCUAGGAUCUGCUGCGAUUUUAGCUGGUUCAACACAAUCCAUCGAGGCUUCAUCCGCAUUAUCAUCAGCAGCAGCAGCACCAACAGCACCAGCGCCCACAGCGCAGCCCGCCGCACCAGCGGCUGUCCCCGCGGCUGUCCCGUACCCACCGACCAAUGCCGACGGACAGCGGAUCUGCAGACAGUGCGGGAUCGUCGGGCGGUAUAAGGACGGCAAAUGUGUGGAGAAAUGGGGUCCGGGGCCGAUGGGCCCUGGCACCGUUUGUGAUAGACUGCGAGUUAUCGGUUAG